AUGGCAGAAACAAUGAAAGCAUGGCAGCUUGCCUCGCCCGGCAUCGUCGAGCAGCAGCUGCAUCUCAACCCCGCGGCCGCGCGGCCGACCACCGCGGACCUCCAAGGCCAGGACAUCCUCGUCCAGGUCAGCAGCGCGGCCGUGAACCCGGCCGACUACAAGGUGGCGGAGAUGGGCUUCGUCGUGCGGGCCGUCUUCUCCUUCCCCAAGACGCUGGGCAUGGACCUCAGCGGCGUGGUCGUGGGCGUGGGCCCUGCCGUCACCGACGUGCUCGUCGGGGACCACGUGGUCGGGCGGCUGGACCCGUUCCGGCCCGGCGGCGCGCUCUCAGAGCAGGUCGUCCUGCAGCGCGCCGGGUACGCCAAGCUUGCGCGCGACGCGGACCUGGGCCCCGCGGCGGGCCUCGGCACCGCCGCGCUCACGGCGUACCAGAGCAUCCAGCCGCACGUCCAGGCCGGCGACCGCGUCUUCAUCAACGGCGGCUCGGGCGGCACCGGCACGUUUGGCAUCCAGAUCGCCAAGCUGCUCGGCUGCCACGUCACGGCGACGUGCUCGACGGCCAAGGUGGCGCUGUGCCGGCAGCUCGGCGCCGACGAGGUCGUCGACUACAAGACGACGGACGUGCUGGCGGCGCUGCAAAAGGCCGGCCCCGUGUACAGCGUGUUUGUGGACAAUGUCGGCGCCGUCGCGCUGCACGCCAAGUCGGCCGCGUUUCUGCUGCCCACGGCGCCGUUUGUGUCCGUCGGCGGCGGCUCGCUCGGACACGUCGCGAGCGUGGCCUGCGCCAUGGUCCGGCCGGCGUGUCUGGGCGGCGGCAGGAACCGCUUCAUCAGCUACCUGACCAAGAACAACCACGAGGACCUGGACCAGCUUGCGCAGUGGUACAGCAAGGGCAGCCUCAAGUCGGUCGUGGACGCGACCUUUGCGUUUGACGAGGCGCCGGCCGCUUAUAGCCGCCUGAAGAAGGGGUCUUCGGCGGGCAAGGUCAUCGUGCACGUUGCAAAGAAUGCGUAG